GAUGAUGUUGUGAUUAGAAAGAUCGGAAGCGCGCGAAAAUGGAGGACGGAGCAGGAGAGGGCGAGCGGAAUCGAACGAGUCCGUCGAGUAGCGGCAGCAGACUGAGAGUCAGACCCGACCCUUUCUUGGUGGUCUGCCGCUUCUUCAGCGUCAUCACUGCUCUCACUGCCAUUCUCUGUAUCGUCGUCAACGUCCUCUCCGCCAUUCGAUCCUUCACCGACGGAUCUGAUAUUUUCGAUGGUAUAUUUCGGUGUUAUGCUGUUAUCAUUGCCAUUUUUGUGGUUGUGGCCGAGACCGAGUGGGCAUUCGUGAUCAAGUUCUGGAAGGUAUUGGAGUAUUGGGUUGGUAGGGGUAUGCUGCAGAUCUUUGUUGCGGUCAUGACAAGAGCUUUUCCUGACUAUACUGGUGCUAAUGAUGCGCUUGUUCUUCUCCAGAACAUAGCAAGCUAUAUGCUUCUUGCUUGUGGCGUGCUCUAUGUUAUUUCGGGAAUUUUAUGUAUUGGCUUCCUCAAACGUGCUCGCCAGCAGAAAGAAAUUUCAAGGGAUCAAGCAGUUAAGGAUCUUGAGGAAUUGGAGCGGCGGAGGGAAGAACUUGAAUCCUUGCUUCUUCAGGAAAGAGCCUAAAACGAGAUAGCCUAAGGGAAAGAAAAGUGACCUGUGAACCUUUUCAAUCAAUUCAUUUUGUAUGUUCUUUUCCUUUUAUUGUUUGAUUCUCCUAGUGAGUUUCCUCAACUUAGUUAUUCACAGGAGCUUAUUUCUUUGUAUAGUUAAUGUGAAAGGUGUGUCUUUCACUCUUUCCUUAGUUAAAAUGUCGAAGAUAUGUUUCCUGCAGCUUCAAUGCUGCAAACUUACAUACCUUUUAUAUCGGACUUCUAUCAAAUACUUCUGCAAAGUUAUUUUUUGAUGCAGCA